CACACACCCCACGUUGAAGUCUUCUUUCUUUCCAAUGAUUCUCUCUCUAAUUACUUCAAGAAGGAGAGGAUUUUCUAGAAGGAUCUGGAAUGGAGGGAGGAGCGCCGCAAUCCACCGGAGGAGGAGCAGGAGGUGGACCGGCGCCGUUCUUGUUGAAGACUUAUGACAUGGUUGACGAUUCCGCCACCGAUGACAUCGUUUCUUGGAACAGCUCCACCAACAACAGCUUCGUUGUUUGGAACCCGCCGGAGUUCGCGCGCCUUCUUCUACCUACCUAUUUCAAGCAUAACAACUUUUCUAGCUUCAUUCGCCAGCUCAAUACCUAUGGAUUUCACAAAAUACAUCCUGAACGGUGGGAGUUUGCCAAUGAUGAUUUUAUAAAAGACCAAAAGCAUCUUCUUAAGAAUAUCCACCGCCGGAAACCUAUUCACAGUCAUAGUCAUCCUCCCGGCUCUGUUGUGGAUCCAGAAAGGGCAGCAUUUGAGGAAGAAAUUGAAAAACUUAACCGUGAGAAAUCUUCUAUUGAAUCUAAUAUUUUCAGCUUCAAGCAACAUCAGUCAACAGCGAAGAUUCAUCUAGAAGAUUUUCAGCAGCGAUUAGAUGGUAUGGAGAAGAGGCAGAAACAUUUGCUGAACAUUUUCGAGAAGGCUCUUCAGAAUCCUACUUUUGUUGAGCAGCUUUCCCAGAAAAUUGAGUCCAUUGAUUUAUCAGCGUAUAACAAGAAAAGACGAUUGCCUCAAGUUGAUGACAUGCAACCUGUUGUAGAAAGUAGUUUUGUGGACAAUCCUAACAAUUUUAGAAUGGAAUUCGGGAAUGUUUUCCAUCAAGAUUUCUCGAACAAACUCAGACUGGAAUUGUCACAAGCUGUGUCAGAUAUGAACUUAGUGUCGCGUAGCACACAAAGUUCAAAUGAACAUGGAGAAAGUCCACAGAAGAAAAUAUCCGAAGGAGAACAAACAGGAAUCCAGACAAGAACAUCUGUUCCAUUUGCACCAGAAACAUUGGAGCUUGCUGAUACCGGGGCAUCUUUCACUUUCAAGAUGGAUUCAUGUUUAUCACAAAGAGCGACUUAUGCUGAGAGCCCAAAACUGUGCUCAUUGGAGCCAAGUAGUGAAGAAGGUGAUAGUCACAUAUCCUGCCAACUUACUUUGGCAUCGUGCCCGUUUAAGGUCAACAGAAAUUCAUACUCAGCAAAAGCACUCCAAAUAGACACUCAAGAAAUUGGCAAGCUGGCAGAGCCUAGGUUUCAUUCCAACAGUAAAGAAUCCGACAGUGGAGUUUUCUCAAACCGGAACCAAGCUAAUGAUGCAACCAAUUUGGCUUCUUCACUGGAAACUCCAAGUAACAACCAAGUUACUCAGCCAAACAGGGUAAAUGAUGUGUUUUGGGAACAGUUCCUUACUGAAAGACCAGGCUGCUCAGACAAUGAAGAGGCAAUAUCCAAUUACAGAGGAAACCCGUGCGAUGAGCAAGAUGAAGGAAGGUUGAAUGCAAGGAAUGUUAAGAACAUGGAUCAGCUUACACUUUAAGCAUGCUGUAAUUUAGCACUCGUUAUAGUAAUAGUAUGUAACAUUUGCAUGGUUUUCCAUACCAUACACAUACAUAGUUUGACACUUGACAUCAGUUUGUGUGAUGUCGCAGGAGGCUGAAAUUGUUAGGUAUACAAUGUUUCAUGUUUGGCCUUUAUGGCUUACCGCCUCUGAAAAAUAUAGAAUUUGUGAUUGCUUUGGAGACUGGUGCAUGCAAUGUAAUCUAGCUCAUUAACGGUGUUGUAUAUUGAGUUAUCCUUUUCACAGGAAUUAGUGUAAACGAAAUGGGGUGUUGUCCCUAAGAUUAUUGUUU